AACCCAAAAGCAGACACCGUUGACAGGCCAGCCGUGCGCACUACGCACCCCCUUUCCUUAUCUUCAACCCUCCUUUCCCUCAUCUCAUGUCAUGUCUAAAAGUCUUUCCUUCGUUAAACAGUUGGGCACAUUUAAUUCAAUCAUUAUUGAUUUAUCCUAAAAUGCGCCUCUCUCCCAUUUUUGUCCCCUUUUUAUUCUUCGAUUUUUGAUUUUUUUUCCAAGUAAAAAAACUUUCUUACUAUUCUCUUUUUCUCUGUUGAAUCGAGAUGUGGAUGAGAGUCUGGGAGGCGCGGAUCUUGAUUUUGUUGCUGUUGGGAAGAUUAACGUCGGCCGUCGAGACAGUUACGUAUCCGUUAUGUCCAACGGAAUCCAUUACUGAUUCGAUCUUAGGGUUUCGAAGUUUCAACUGUCUAGUUAGCACCGGUUUUCAAUCCCACGAUGUUAUCGAGGGCGGCGAGCUUUCAUUGCAAAGAGCUUUGAAUAUGGUUCACAAGAAUAGUCAUGACUUUGUAGCUGUUCUUUUCUAUGCAUCUUGGUGUCCCUUUUCUCGUAAUUUUAGACCGAGUUUCUCUAUCCUUUCUUCUUUAUAUCCUUCUAUUCCCCAUUUUGCCAUUGAAGAAUCAGCCAUUAGACCAAGUGUACUCUCCAAGUAUGGGGUUCAUGGGUUCCCCACCCUUUUUCUUCUAAAUUCGUCAAUGCGUAUUCGUUAUCAUGGAUCCCGGACUUUUGGUUCACUUGUUGCGUUCUACAGUGAUGUCACAGAUAAACAUCUUAUUUUACUCAAAGUGAACUCUACCUGUCAACCAUGCUUUAAUUCUGCAUCGUUGGAUAAAAUAUCCCUGGACAAAGUUGGGCACAUAUCAAAUCAAGAGAAGCACAAUAAUAUGGACAAUGAAAGCUGCCCAUUCUCAUGGGCAAGAUCACCAGAGAAUCUGCUUCAGCAGGAGACAUAUUUGGCUCUUGCAACUGCAUUUGUUCUCUUGAGAUUGCUUUUCUCAUUCUUUCCAACUCUGCUUGCAUUUGCUCAAUAUACUUGGACAAGGCUCAUUCGAAAUUUUAAACUGGGGAACUUGUUUGAGCAUCCUCGGGCCUCUUUGUACCGGGCAAUGCAGAUAUUUAAUUCUCUGAGGGAGCCAUGCAAGAGAAGUAACUUGCAGGAAGGAGCAUUGAAUGCCAGGGCAUGGGCUUCCAAGUCCCUUGCCACAGUUUCAAUUGGCGAUGCAAGCACCAGCCCGGGUGCAUGUGGGAGUGAAUAAUGACCUUUCACUUGCCAUGUGGGAUAGAAAUUUGGGCAUCCUAAUGAAAAUGUUGGCUGCCUGGUAUGUCAUGCUAGAAUUUUUUGCUUUUUAGCAUCAGGAUCAUCUUAAAACUUGAUUAGGGUCCAAAGUUGUAUGACAAAUGUGAAAUAUGCUUCUGUAUCUUAACUGUGUUGUAGUCCAUUUAUCAUUUUGUCUAUAUGAUUUAGAAUAUAGUUUAUUUGACAUUUUAUGGCCAAUUGUUAUUUGGCAUUUCAGAA